AUGCCCACAACAGAUCGGCCUGUGGAAGAGUCGGUGGUGCCUUCUCUAGGCCGAAGGACCCAACUCACUAUAGAUGGUGCCAUCCCUGGGAUGGUGGCCCUGGAUGCUACAAGACAACCCCCUGACAUCCUGAAGACAGCCGGCGAGGGGGUCACUGUAUCUUCCUUGUUCUUCUUCCUGAGGAUGUUGCACCAAGAGCAUGUGGUCUGCUUGUUGCUGCUGCUGCUGCCACUGGUGCAUGCCUCUCCCGCCACCCCAGAGCCCUGCGAGCUGGAUGAGGACGGCAUCCGCUGCGCCUGCGACUUCUCGGGUCCGGCGCCGGAUUGGUCCAGCGCUUUCCUGUGUACCGGGGCGGUGGACGUAGAGUUCUACGGGGGCGGCCGUAGCCUGGAACACUUUCUGAAGCGUGUGGACACGGAAGCAAGCCUAGGGCAGUACGCUGAUGUUGUCGGGGCUCUGCCCUGGCAGCGGCUUACCGUGCGGGCCGCGCGGGUUCCUGCUCCGAUUCUAUUCGGAGUCCUGCGUGUGCUUGGGUAUUCCGGCCUCCAGGAACUGAUUCUUGAAAACCUCGAGGUAACUGGCACAGCGCUGCCGCCGCUUGUGGAAUCCUCGGGACCCGAUCUCAACACCUUGAGCCUCCGCAACGUGUCGUGGGCUACAAGGGAUACCUGGCUCGCAGAACUGCAACAGUGGCUAAAGCCUGGACUCAAGGUACUGCAUAUUGCCCACGCACACACACUCAACUUUUCCUGUGAACAGGUACGCAUCUUUCCGGGCCUUGUCACCUUAGACUUGUCUGAUAACCCCGAACUGGGCGAGAGAGGACUGAGCUCCGCUCUCUGUCCGCACAAGUUUCCGGCACUCCAAGUUUUAGCGCUGCGCAACGCGGGGAUGGAGACGCCCAGCGGCGUGUGCUCUGCGCUAGCUACCUUAGCAAGCAUGCAGCUGCAAGAACUGGACCUUAGUCACAAUUCACUGAGGGAGACUGCAGGCGCUCAGAGAUGUGACUGGCCUAGGAAGCUAAACUCGCUUAAUCUGUCUUUCACUGAGCUGAAGCAAGUACCUAAGGGGUUGCCAGCCAAGCUCAGCGUGCUGGAUCUCAGUUACAACAGACUGGAUAGGAAACCUAGGCCAGAUGAGCUGCCCGAGGUGGGUAACCUGUCGUUUAAAGGAAAUCCCUUUUUGGACACUGAAUCCCACUCGGAGGCGUACAACUCUGGCAUAGCCACAGCCCAAACGUGCUCAUCCCUAGCAGUGGGUAUCUCUGGAACUCUGGCAGUGCUCCGAGUAGCUCGCCUCUUUGUCUAAUGCCUAAGAGAGAGAAAAGGGACGUUUACAUUGUCCUGGUUUCUUGACCAACGAAUCCUCUGCCUUACAUUUAUUAAAAUCUUUUGUUUGUUUGUUUUUUGAGACAGAGUUUCUCUGUGUAUCCCUGGCUGUCCUGGAACUCUCUUUGUAGACCAGGCUGGCCUUGAACUCACAGAGAUCCACCUGCCUCUGCCUCCUGAAUGCUGGGAUUAAAGCCGUGGGCCACCACAUCCCGGCAAAGAUGUAUUUAUUUCUGUAUAUGAGUCCUCUGUCAUCAUGCACAUCUGUACUCCAGAGAGAGGGCAUCGGAUCCUAUUAUAGACAUUGUGAACUGCUAUGUGGCUGCUGGGACUUGAACUCAGGACCUUUGGAAGAGUAGCCAGUGCUAUUAACAGGCUGUGCCAUCUCUCUAGCCUCAUUUAUUAAAAUCUUAAACAACGACGUGAAGGAAGACAGUCAAAAUGGCUCAAUGGGUAAAAGCUACCAAGCUUGACACCUGAUUUUGAUCCUCAGGAUUCACA